AACUGCGGCCGCGGUCGGUGUGUACGUCGCUGCUCGCUGCUCUCUUUCUCUGAGUCAGUGGAAGUGCCGAAGUGGGAGGUAUCUUCAAGGAUUAGUCAGCGAGCGAAGUCGACGAGCCUAUAAAUACUGGUGAGAAGGCCCGCCGCGCUCAGUACCCAACGUCAUAUGGCCAGCUCCACCAUGGGAAGCGGACACUCCAGAGGCAAACGAUUACUAUCUGCCAUCGACUUUGGUUUGAAGCAAGAUUUGUUCUAUCCAUUCAUUCGGAAGCAUACUCAAUUUAUUUCAAAGUACCAACUCCAGUUUUUGAGUAGCAGCGCUAAUUCAUUUGAAAUAAAUCCUAGACGCACUAAAAAGCCAGACAAUGAUGGGUCCAAUGGUGGCACUACUCCGUCUGAUUAUGUCGAAGACUAUGUUUGCAACGAGUCUGAUCUUCAGGAAAAUGAGAUGAAAGCAUUUGACAUGCCUGAUGACAGUGGCAAAGUUCUUGUGAUCAAACAGAAAGGGAAGAUAACUGCAAUUGGCUCAAAAUGCACACAUUACGGUGCUCCACUCAUCAAAGGUGUUCUUGGAGAUGGCCAUGUUCGCUGCCCUUGGCAUGGAGCAUGCUUUAAUGUCACCACUGGUGACAUUGAAGAUUUUCCAGGCCUGGACAGCUUACCUUGUUUUGAUGUCAGCGUUGAAGAUGGACGUGUUAAGGUGAAAGCUCACAAGGAUGCAUUGAAGUCGAGCAAAAUUGUUAAGGCCAUGACGUCCCCCUGUGGCAAAGACUCCCGGACAUUUGUAGUAAUUGGUGGAGGUGCUGCUGGCGCAUGUGCUGUUGAAACCUUGAGGCAAGAAGGUUUCUCAGGCAAAAUCAUAAUGAUCACAUCUGAGCUUGCUUUACCAUAUGACCGUAUUAAGUUAAGUAAAAUGCUAGAUGCUAACAUAGCAAAAUUGCAACUUCGGGAGGAAUCCUUUUACAAGGAUCAUGGCAUUGAAGUGCACACUGGGAAAAUUGUGUCAUCUGUUAACACAACUGAUAAGAAGGUGUGUCUAGAUGAUGGCAGUGAGAUAAGUUAUUCUCGACUUCUGGUUGCAUCAGGAUCAAGAGCAAAUACUGCAAAUCAACCUGGCUCAGAACUUGGAAACAUCUUUUCACUUCGUACGAUUGCUGAUGCUAAUUCAAUUUUCAAAGUCCUCAACAAAGAGUCAGAUGUCGUGAUUGUUGGAGCUUCUUUCAUUGGAAUGGAAGCUGCUGCCUAUUGUGUUGGGAAAGUAAAAUCUGUGACUGUUGUCGGCAGAGGGUCUGUUCCUUUCGAGCCUAUUCUGGGCCAGGAAGUGGGGGCUCGUAUCAAGCAAUUGUUUGAUGAGAAGGGUGUCAAGUUUUGUUUGGGGUUGGAUGUGUCUAGCUUUGAAGGAGAGGAUAGCGUUAGUAGAGUGAAGCUGUCAGAUGGUCAGGUCUUGCCUGCCAAUGUUGUGAUUCUUGGGAUUGGUGCCCAGCCUAGUACUUCCUUUUUACUAGAUAGUGGUAUUGAAAUGCAACGAGGCGCCAUUGUGGUUAAUAAGUUUAUGGAAAGCAGCAUCUCUGAUGUGUUUGUUGCUGGAGAUGCAGCAUAUGCUCCAGUUUUUGCUGCAAAUGAUCGUGCUGCAAGUAUUGGACAUUGGCAACUUGCACAUUAUCAUGGCAGAAUUGCCGCUCUUAAUAUGGUUGGAAAACAAACUGAAUUAAAAAGUGUGCCCUUCUUUUGGACCAUGUUGUUUGGAACUAGCGUUCGUUAUUCUGGGUACGGGGCAGGUUUUGAUGACAUUAUUAUCACCGGUGAUCUUGCUGCCUUAUCUUUCAUCGCCCAUUAUUGUGUUGGAAAUGAAGUUGUUGCUGUUGCUACUGUAGGCAGUGAUCCUGCUGCUGCUAAAUUUGCUGAACUGCUUGGUUUGAAGAAAUCUCUCUCUAAAGAUGAUGUGAAGACAAAUGGUAGUUCAUGGGUUAAUGCUUCUCUCUUUUAAUAAGGGUUAUUAUUUCCUUUGCUUUUAUUUUGUGCAGACAAAGAUUAGCCUCACGACCAAGUAAUCAGUAUUACUCCUGUGGAAAAUAUAAAUCUAUCCUUUCCCCACUGUGUAAACUCUUCUUUCACCCUUUUUGCUUUGUUAACAUUUUUUUUCCAAUUACCACUUUUCCAUUUUUGUUGUUCAUAUCCUCUGAUAUGAAACCAACAUUUUACUGUUCUAAAAAUCAUCCAGUGAUAAGAAUUUUUUCUGUGUUCGAGUUUAUUAUGUUGGAGCUUGUGUGAGCAAUAUUUGGCAGAAGACUUAACUAUUUAAAUGAUAGUACUAGGUAUUUGCAUAAUGAAGACAAUAGAUAUUUUUUUUCUAUACUCUUUAAUUUGUCUGGUCUUGUGUACUUACUCUAACUUGCACUGUUCUGUGCCUUGCUGUUAUGCAAGUUUGCUAUUGUGAUAUUAAUUUGUCCAUUUGUUUUAAAUGUUACCUCUUGAAAUUCUUGAAUAUGAAAUGUAUUCCAUUAAAUCAUUAACUCUACAUCUAAAAUAAGAUUGUUUUUCAACUGUGAUAGUUCUAAAAUGGAAUUAUGUACUUAUGUUUUAUUUAUUUUUAUUUUUCUAGUGCGUGUAAUGGUUACACCAGUUGUUAUACCUGUGAAAUGCUAAUAAAUCAAUUUUGCACUUGCACAAA